UAAAACUCUCUCGGUAAUCGGCAUCAGUUUACUUCUGUACGGACUUUGGCCCAGCGAGGAGUUCUUGGUGAAGAUGCGACUUGGAUUGCUCUUCGCUUGUUGCAUAACCCUGGCAGCAUCAUCUUUGGGGCAGCCACUGGAGAAAACGAGCGACGAUGAAGUGAAGGUGACCAAACUGAUCAAUCGGAAUAACGGGGAUCGAUACUUGUUGUUAUACCUGCUCAGUGAUGAUCAAUUUCGUUACGAGCGUGGAUAUUUCAAGAAGAAGUCGGAUAGUGACGAGAUGAUUUGGACGGUUAUUGGACGGUAUCGGUAUAGGUCGCCCGAAGGUGAGUUUAACAGUUACAAGUACUCGGCUGGCGAGAACGGAUUCAAGCAACAAGCUGUGAAUACCAGUGACGAUCCGUUGGAUGUGGUGAAUCGGAUUGAUCCGAAGGCGUUGGCGUCGUUGGUUGGAUGAGAAAGUUUAUAAAUGGUGGGGCCAUGUGGAUGAAAACUAAAUUUCUUUCAAUUAUUGCGAAUGAAAUAAAAGAAAAAUAAUUUGAUUGGUUAAUUUGUGUGAUUACUUGUUAAUAAUUGGCUGGAUGUGGAUAAUAAUAUGCAUAAACUAUUUUAUAUGAUGAAAAUGAGGAAAAAUAUACAAAAUAUGUAGUAAA